AUGGUUAUGUGGAUUUACAAGCGUGACGGCCGCAAGGAGCCUGUCGCGUUCGACAAGGUCACUGCUCGUAUCAACAAGCUGUCGUACGGUCUCGACACUAACUUUGUCGAGCCCGCGAUCAUCACCCAAAAAGUCGUCCAGGGUAUCCACCCUUACAUUACCACUGUCGAGCUCGACAAUCUUGCUGCUGAGACCGCUGCCGCGCUCUCCCCCAUGCACCCUGACUGGGCCAUCCUUGCUGCGCGUAUCGCCAUCUCGAACCUGCACAAGGAGACCAAGAAGCAGUUCUCGCAGGUGAUUGAGGACCUGUACCAGUGGCACAACCCCAAGACUGGCAAGCAUGCCCCCAUGGUCUCUGAGGAGGUCUACAACAUUGUCUCCAAGAACAAGGAGGCUCUUGACGCCGCGAUCAUCUAUGACCGUGACUUUGCCUACAACUACUUCGGUUUCAAGACCCUCGAGCGCUCUUACCUCCUCCGCAUCGACGGAAAGAUUGCCGAGCGUCCCCAGCACAUGCUCAUGCGUGUUUCCGUUGGUAUCCACGGUGAUGACAUUGAGAAGGUCAUCGAGACCUACAACCUCAUGAGCGAGCGCUACUUCACCCACGCCUCGCCGACGCUCUUCAACUCGGGCACCCCCCACGCCCAGAUGUCGUCCUGCUUCCUCGUCGCCAUGAAGGAGGACUCCAUUGACGGUAUCUACGACACUCUCAAGACCUGUGCUCAGAUCUCGAAGACUGCCGGUGGUAUUGGUCUCCACAUCCACAACAUUCGUGCCAAGGGCUCGUACAUUGCCGGAACCAACGGCUACUCUAACGGUAUCGUUCCCAUGCUUCGUGCCUACGACGCUACCGCUCGUUACGUUGACCAGGGUGGCAACAAGCGCCCGGGUGCCUUCGCCAUCUACCUCGAGCCCUGGCACGCCGACAUCUUCGACUUCCUGGACCUCCGUAAGAACCAUGGAAAGGAGGAGGUUCGUGCCCGUGACCUCUUCUACGCCCUCUGGAUCUCCGACCUCUUCAUGAAGCGUGUCGAGUCUGACGGUGACUGGACCCUCAUGUGCCCGGCUGAGUGCCCUGGCCUCGCCGACGUCCACUCCGAGGAGUUCGAGAAGCUGUACGAGAGCUACGAGCGUGCCGGUAAGGGUCGCAAGACCAUUAAGGCCCAAAAGCUCUGGUUCGCCAUCCUUGAGGCUCAGACCGAGACCGGUGGUCCCUUCAUGCUCUACAAGGACGCUGCCAACCGCAAGUCCAACCAGCAGCACCUCGGCACCAUCAAGUCGUCGAACCUCUGCACUGAGAUCAUCGAGUACUCGUCCCCUGACGAGGUUGCCGUGUGCAACCUUGCCUCGAUCGCUCUCCCCGCCUUCGUCAACUUCGAGACCAAGACCUACGACUUCAAGAAGCUCCACGAGAUCACCAAGGUUGUCACCCGCAACCUUGACCAGGUCAUCACUCGCAACUACUACCCCGUCCCCGAGGCGCGCAACUCGAACAUGCGCCACCGCCCCGUCGGUCUCGGUGUCCAGGGUCUCGCCGACACCUUCAUGGCUCUCCGCAUGCCCUUCGACUCGCGCGAGGCUCGCCAGCUUAACCUCCAGAUCUUCGAGACCAUCUACCACGCCGCCCUCGAGGCCUCGUGCGAGAUGGCCCAGAAGCUCGGCAAGUACCCCUCGUACGAGGGCUCGCCCAUGUCGCAGGGCAAGAUCCAGCCCGACCUCUGGGGCGUCGAGCCCACCGACCUCUGGGACUGGACUGAGCUCCGUGCCAACAUUGCCCAGCACGGCGUCCGCAACUCGCUCCUCGUUGCCCCCAUGCCUACUGCCUCUACCUCGCAGAUCCUUGGCUGGAACGAGUGCUUCGAGCCUUACACCUCGAUGCUCUACUCGCGCCGUGUCCUGUCUGGUGACUUCGCGGUUGUCUGCCCCUGGCUUCUUCGCGACUUGAUCAACCUCGGAAUUUGGGACGAGGAGAUGAAGAACCUCAUCAUUGCUUCCGGUGGCUCCAUCCAGCAUAUCCCCAACAUUCCUGAUGACAUCAAGGCCAUUUACAAGACUGUCUGGGAGAUCUCGCAGAAGGCGGUUAUCGACCUCGCUGCCGACCGUGGAGCGUUCAUCGACCAGUCGCAGUCGCUCAACAUCCACCUCGCGAACCCCUCGUUCUCCCAGCUCACCUCGAUGCACUUCUACGGCUGGAAGCGUGGACUCAAGACUGGUGCCUACUACCUCCGCACCCGUCCUGCCGCCAACGCCAUCCAGUUCACUAUCGACGCCAAGACCCUCAAGCAGGCCAAGGCCAACGAGUCGCAGGGCAGCCGCCCCUCGUCGAGGAACACUGCGUCCAAGCCCGCUCCCUCGGUCAACGAGCUCACUGAGCCCAUGCGCAAGAUCAAGAUCGAGACCACCGCUCCCUCGCAGGUUCACCCUGCGGUCACCGCCGCCUCGCGCGCCCGUGGCGGCAGCGAGUCGCCGAAUCCGUCGGAGAACGAGGAGGUCUCUUACGAGGAGGCCAAGCGCCGCGCCGACGAGCGUGCCGCUGCCGCUCUCCAGUGCUCCAUCGACAACAAGGACGCCUGCGUCAUGUGCUCGGGCUAG